AUGAAAGACCGGUCCGUUGAAGGGGUCAGGACCUCCCAGGGUCGACGUUGUGAAGAGCAUAACGCCGGAGGUCUGGGUAGAUCUGCGAAUUCGAGUUUCAAUGAUGCAAUGGUGGCGAAGCAAAAGCGACACGCCAGGAAACACCUCGAGAGCUCAGUCCGGGAGUCGGUUCUGCAAAGGUACGCCGAUUCUUGGAUGACGUUGACCCGGAGAAAGCUCCUGCAGCACACGUGUCAUGUUUGUGCGUGGGUCGGGCUCCUUCCUGCUGAACUUGCCGUGCGCUCCGUCGGCAGAGGCAGCUUAUCCCCUGUUCGUGUUCUGACUGGGAUGCUCCGUCGGCGAGGACCAGGGAGGCUGACGCCGCGUCUGCGAGCCGCCCUGAUCCCCGUGCGGGAUCGGCUCGCCGAGGUGUUCGCCCGCGGGGCCCCGGGAUCUGCACUGAGGGACUGGAGCGAGCUUCGCCACGUCCUGCCAUUGCGGAGUGCGUUGAAAAUUGGCAUUGGCGCUGAGCAUUGUGCUGGGGCACCGUUUGCACCGUCAGAGCCCAGAACUGCGUUACCACCACCUGCAGUUUGGGUUGCCAGGGAUUCUGGCCACAACGCUGCCGAGAAGGAAAUAAAUUCCAAAAGCGCUGUUGUUCGCCAAGCGAAGAUGUGGAGGAGGCUCGCGAAGAAGCAGGAGGAGUUCCACAAGAGCUCGCAGCAAGCGAUUGAUGUGAAGGCCCUUUUGAAAGAAGCCACUGAGGCUUGCGAAUCUGGCAAUGCCCUUCGAAUAUGCAGGGCUCUCUUGGAGGGAGUUGCAUGGCUUGCGAAGCCCAGGCGGAAGCUUCGGAAAGUCACAGGGCAGAGGAUGACCGAAGAUGCACAGGCACGGAUCGAGGCCGCCUUGCAAGCAAAGAUUCGUGCAGUCAUUUUAGCUUGCUUGCGCAGCCUCGAUUUGGAUGACGAAGGAACACAACAGCGCAGCGACGUCCAAGUUUCUGUGCGACGCCUUAAGUCGCGUAUGGACGGUCUGAAUUUACAUUUCGUCGCAGCACGAAAGGAAUGGUCAGCAAUUGCUUCAUGCAUUGCACAGUUUAGACUGCGCGAGGCGACAGGCAGACAAAAGGAGGAUACAAGCUGUUCUACUAGCAAGCACAAGGUUCGAGUUGGCAAGGUCGGCGUUGCUAAGGUAUUGAUCAGGACAGCAUUGUGGAGACUGGGCGGCGAAGGGAUUAGCCAAGACGUCGUCGAGUGUAUAAAAUCAGAUUCGGGAUUAUUCUCGAUCGUGGAAACGUCCAUGAACACUCACGAGACCACAGGCAACACUCAUCGACGGGGCGAAGCCGUUUGGGAGGUGAACGUGAAGAAUUCGAUGGCCAAGGAGACAGUGUGCAAGUUCACAGGCAGAAAGCGACAGCGACGUGGCCAAGCAGGAGGAAUUGCAUUCAAGAUUUUCCAGCUGAGGCCAGAUUGA